AUGACGGCCGUUGCUCCCCCUGUGAAUUUCCAGAACAUCAACCGGCAGGCAUGGAGCGCUGAAGGGGGCGCGAACGGCGCCAUGUUCAUGCCGAGGAAAAGCGCUCAACGAACAAACUCAUCCUCCUCCCUGUCGUCACAGGCCUCGUCUGCAUCCACCAUAUCGCCCUCGUCGACGCAGUCACAGCCCAACGGCGCCGUUCAACCCAACGGCUCCGACGCCACCGCGUGGGCCGCCCGCAAGACAAAGGGCCCCAAGGGCCUCUACCCAGCGACCAAGACCGAGCCUGUCGCAGGUCUCUCCAUCGCACGGCCCCAGCAGAUCGCCACCGCAGGCCCCGGCGCAUCAGCAGCCUCCGCUAUGAGCGCCCUGCAGGCUCCUUCCGCCAUGGUCCCCUCGCAGCAGAAUGGCGUUCUGCAGUCGCAACAAAACGGCGCGCCGCGCCAAGCUGGGGAGAGCACUGCCAUCCUGCACCUCAUUCCCAUGAACGGCACCUUUGAGCGCAAAACCAUCACCGUGCCCUUCUUUCCAGACGUUCUCCGCAUCGGCCGGCAGACCAACAACAAGACGAUACCCACACCACUCAACGGUUACUUCGAUUCCAAAGUCUUGUCGAGACAGCACGCAGAGGUCUGGGCUGAUCGCAAUGGCAAGAUAUGGAUCCGUGACGUCAAGUCGUCCAACGGCACCUUUGUCAACGGGCAGCGCCUGUCGCAAGAGAACAGAGACUCGGACCCGCACGAGUUGCGGGAGCAGGACAUGUUGGAGCUGGGUAUCGACAUCGUUAGCGAGGACCAGAAAACCAUCGUACACCACAAAGUCGCCGCCCGCGUCGAGCAUGCCGGCAUAUACGCCAGGUCGUCCCACGAUGUUCUUGAUUUGAACUUCGGCGAAGUCGAGGCAAACCAAAUGCAGAACAUGAUGGGACCAGGUGGUCAACAACAACUCGCAAACAUGCGCGGCCGUACCCCUAGCCAAGGUUCCAUGAACGGACAACGUAUGCAAGGCCCUGGUGUUGUGCAAGCUUACCAGAACGGCAUGCAGCAGUCACGACACCCAAACUUCUGGCUGCAACCGAUUACCAUGGAGCAGGUGGUGAAGAAGCUCAACGAUGAGAUGAAAGCUGCCAAGCAGCAGUCACAGGAGCUACAGCAAGCUCACCAGUACAUCAAUGCCAUCCUCUCUGCGGAACCGAAAAAAGAACCAGCGAAACAGUCGCCAGCGAAUUCCGUCAGGAUCUCACCCAUCAAAGACAUGAACUUGAAAGCUAGGUUCUCGGAACCGCCUGCUCCUCCGCCACAACAGCCACUACCAGAGAAACCGGAUGCUGCGUCGUCCCUUCGAAGGACCGACAUCGAACGUCCUAAAUUAACGUCGCCUGCGCGGUCAGACGCACAGAUGUCGUCCCUCACGGAGGCCUUGAGCAGCGCAAAAAAGGAGAUUGAGUCUCAAGGCGUACGCCUUCGAGAUUUGGAAUCCCUGUUGAGCGAAGAACGUCGUGCGAGAGAAGAUGCUGAGGAGCGGGCCAACCGACUGGAGCGGGAAGCCGCGAAGGAGCCUGAGAACCAGGAGGUGGCUGAUGAAGAGGAAAAGGGAAGAGAUGAAUCUGCAGUUAAGGAUGUCGACACCGGUAGCCUGGAAAACGGCUCCGCAUCGCCUGCCUCCGCCGACACUACAUCUCGCCUGCAACACCGCCUGGAAGCUAUGAUGCUGGAGAUGAACGAAAUGAAGCAACAAAUGGAACGAUAUCGGGAACGCGCUGAGGCUGCAGAGUCUGACCGCAAGAGCUUGGCAGAGAUGGUCGAGAGCAUUCGCAGUGACAACGCAAAGGCGGGCAACGGCGGCAAGGGAAGGCGCAGCAGAAGCGGCAGUGAUGGAGCAAGAGAGACCACUGGGGCCAACGUCGACGGAUCGGAAGAUGAAAACAACGCAGAAGAAGGCGAGAUCACCAUCAUCAAGGACCACAGCAUUGACGAGGAUAGUGCUAGCGCACCAUUGCGGGGGGCCAGUCAGCAAAACGGACAUGCUGUGGACGGCGAGAACAAGGAGUCUUCGAAGCCGUCCAACGCUCUCUCAAUCCAGCGCCAUAGCAGUGCUGGCUUGAUGUAUCACGGUGGUCCAGUCGGCGCUAUUGUGACGGUUGUCGCAAUAGGUGUAGCUGUUAUGGCUAUGCUCAACCAGUAUCCAAAGGCCGAUCGCUGA